UCUGAGAAAGGUUAACAGGACUGACUGACUGACUGACUAAGUAGAGUGGGAGUGUAAAAUGUAAAAGCGAGUAGGAGGGAAGAGAGAAAGGAAGAGGAGAAGAGAGAAGGAGGAGAGUGUGUCUGACAGACAGUCUGUUGAGCUUGUCUGGAUGCCUGCUGAUCACUCUGCUCUGUUUUACACCGGCAGCCUGGGAGGACGACACACAGCUAGACAGGUGUGUGUGUGUGUGUGUGUGUGUGUGUGUGUGUGCGCGUGAGAGAGAGAGUGUGUAGAGCGUCUGUGAACAUGGAUGGACAUUCUUUGUGAAGAUGGAUGCACAGGAAGACGGAUGGAAGGAUGGAUGGAGAAACACGUAAAUCGUGACGACCUUGCACCUAAAUUUCUGCAACACUUGCCAAGAGACUGGAGUCUGCAUCACGUGAUCACAACACCUCCUCAGCUCCUGCAGGAGGGCAUGCGGUGCUAGUGUGAGUAACGGGCAGCGUAAGCCAAUGAGCUUCACACCGAACCCAACUCUAGUCCCAGACAGGGACAACCUGCCGCUCAAAAAGAGAGACCAAAGAUGGAGUUCACCACCACCAUCACCACAGGAGCAACGGCAGCAGCAACAGCAGCAGCGGCAGUGUGAUGCUGUAACAUUCAAGGCGCCCUACCCUUACAAAAACCCCAGCGAGUUUAAGACAAAACACACAGGCCCUUUCCAGCCUGUACCAAAACGGGUUCCUGCACUGUACCAGCCCUGGAUGCAGACUCACACAUCCACCAGACCCAAACCUCAGGUCUUCUCCGCAUUCAGGGAGCAUCAUGGCUGGGCAGAGUGGAGAGAUACCAACCCCCUGCAUUUUGGAUGGGACUUUUCUCACCACUAUCAGCACCACAGCCACUUUUCUGGCACAUCUACACUCCACCCUGUCCACCCACACCACCCCUCCAGAUUUAGACCAGUCUCCCUCGUCAAUGAGGGUUUCCAAAGGGUGGGUGGAGGAUACGGCUGGGAGCAGCUCAAGACAUCAAGGGACAAGAGUUUAAGCACAGAGCAGCAGAGCAAUCGUAGGAAUAAAGGACCAUAUGUGAGGAGCAGAGACAGAAAAGUUGAGUACAUUCCCAGGGUUGAAAAAGCAAAUCCUCCGUUGCUGAGUACAUGCCUACCUCACUCUCCACAUGAGGACCUCACAUUGCAGCAUGCUGCACUGCACAAAUCAACCGAACUUCUGCGACAUCCUGUUUCUGGACAUUACUUGGUAAGAGACGGCAGGUCAAGCAACACAUACACCUCCAUGAAGGAGGACGCAUCAAGAUCUCCUGCACUCACAUCUGCACAGGUUCCCUCCUCCUCUUCAUCUCCCAACCAUUUCCCCUGGCUACUCCCUCACUUUGUGGCUGGCUCUCUGAUAGAGCUCAGAGAUGGGCGGCUGAGGAGGGUGGAGCACCUGCAGACGGAGGACUUCCUGCUGGGAUCACUGGCCUGUCCAGACCUGCGCCUGAGCUGUUGCACAGUACAGAGCAUCUCCCCCUCAGCCUCCUCCUCCUCAAUCUCACGUCUCCUCAUCUUGCUUCACGAUCAGCAGUCCCAGGAGUUGGUGGAUGUCUAUGUGGAGUACCCGUUCUUUGUGCGAGGACGCGGCUGGUCUUCCUGCAGCCCUCAGAGGACUGCCCGUCUCUGUGGUCUGCAGUGCCGACAGCUCUGUGUGGGGGACGUCUGCCUGGCUCUCACACCUGUCUCAGCGCCCCAGCAUCCCCCGUCAGCCACCCAGGAGCCAGAAACCUGCCCCAGGAAGUCAGAAGAAGGCUGUGAGCCCCCAGAAACACCUCAAUGCCAGGUCUCCCCAGGGCCAGAGCAGCCAGCAUCGGGGCAGAAAAAGGAGACCGAGGUGGUCAGAAGGAGACACUAUUCAGCCCCUGAGUUCAGAGGCCCACGGACUAACUGCUUGUAGUGAGGAGGGUCACAGUUUUAAGGACAGGGAGGAAGCCAGUCUCUUUUAAGCUCUGCUAUAUUGAAAUCAUACUUGCUGUCUUUCUACCUCCUGAAUCAUAUUUCCGUGCUUGACUGUCAUUUUUAAUUGUAUCUGAGAAGUAAAGGCUCGAGAAGAGUGAUAGGAUUAACUCUCAGGAUCCCUCAGAGGUAAACCUGCAUUAGCACAUAUGUAAAAGUAAGUCAGGGAUCAAACGCUGAUGACAUGAGUUGAGUUAUACAUUACAUUUUCUGUCAGCCUGAUCAGAGUCCAACAUAAUGCACAUUUUGGAUCUUAUUCAUGUGAGAGAACUCAGUCAGUUUAAUAUAUUUUUGUGAGACUGCUCAGAACCAAAGUGUAUGUCUGUGUUGCCAGGGGGAGCUGCUUCAAUGACAGUGAAUCUGAAAAAGAUCUUGUAGGUUCAAAGCAUAUUUUUAGCUUAGGUUUUGAAAUGAAUGUUCGUAUUAUUUCCAGCAGUUCUGACAUAAUUUGCCCACGUACCUUGAAAAGCACAGGAAAAAAAACCUCCCUCAGGUUCUUGGCUCGAUUACGCCUAAUGUAUCAAUUAGAUGUGUGUCUGUAACAAUUCUUUUUGAUUAUAAAAGACAGAUUUCAUCCCAAAUGGCAGCAUAUCUGUAAUGCCGGGGAACUUCUAUGAUGAAAUGGUCCUCCGUUCGACAAUCAACUCCACUUUUUUCAGAAAGAUUUAGUUACGCCUCUACCUCUAUUUUCUAUUUAAGGUGACAGAUUCAUAUGAUGCGUGUUUUUAACAGUGUGGACUGUGUUGUAAUAUGCUAUCUUGGAGGCUGUGUGAACGUCUUCAUUUGCCUGGUUGUUACAGUAAGCAGCUGCUUUGCUUUUGUACUAACGCUCGUUUUUUAAAUGUCUGUCCCAUUGUUAAAAGUGGAGCUGUUUGUGCUAUUUAAAAUACUUAAAAUCUGCAAUCGGCAUCUAGUGUCAAGUGUCUGCUCUGCAAUAAGAUUUCCUCCCAGGUAUACACACAACACAUGUGGACAAACAAAAAUUUGAAAUUUGGAUAAUGAGGACUCGACCAUGAUGUCACAGUCGGGGCAGACAAGGUGCUGUUGUUGCAGAAACUGGUUCUUUCACCUUUAAAACAGUUUUCUCACUGUUAAAUAAAUAUUUCAUGUGUGAAGUCUUCUGCAUGUUUUUUUUCUUCAACCGCCUUGAAUCACUCACAAAACUAUCAUUGACAAGCCAAAGGUGCUUUGAAUGCAACAGUGUAAGGGACAUUAUUGAGGUCAAAUAAGGUAAAAA